CACUGUCAUUUGUACCGAAACCACGUAUCGCGGGACACGUUCGUCGGGAACCACACGUUUUUACCACCAUGAACCAUCUGUUGCUGAUUGUCGCCAUCCCAGUACUCGCUACCGCAUUCGCCGCUCACGUUCAAUACCCCCGACAGACUUCGUCACUACUGUACGCGGCUCAAAGCAAACGGAUCCGAACACAAGAGAAAAUCAUUACAGACUGUAUGACCGUGUGGUCUGAAGAGGGUCACCUGUACUACAAAUCACCGACCAACGAUCCGACCGUGUGCGGUAUUUACAUAGUAGCGAAACCGGAGCAGACGGUCCACGUUUACUUCGAUUACGUGGACGUACCCUGCAGUACAGGCGGUUUAAUAGCGUUUGUGGAUGGAUGGGAACUCAACGGGCAACUGUUUCCCAACGAACAAGAUCAUCCAAAACAGAUGAACGAUCGUUUCUUCGAGAUGUGCGGGACAAAAAAACACAAACAGAUAUUGAAAUCAUCACAGAAUGCUGCAUUGAUACAAUAUCGAGUUCCACGUAGGGGCAACGGAUUCAGCUUUUAUGUAUCGUUCAUCGACAAUCCUACUCCUUGCAACAUACUCUUGGCCGACAUUACUGAAGUGUACACUCUGAGAAAUUAUGGAAAACCAGUGAACUGCAGUCUGACGAUGUUGUACCCGGCUCAGGUGAAAAUAUUGGCGUUGGGCGUUGGCCUUGGACACGAACAGAAGAGGACGCUAACAGAACGCGAGACCGGCACGAUUCACAAGUGUGACAAACGAGGGUUGCCGGAUUUCGUUCAAGUCGGUGGUGGAGACGGUUUGGGCCAGUUGUCUGUGGUCGAUUCGAUUUGCGGCACGAACUCGGAACCAGAAAACGCCGUGGAGACGAUUAUGUGCGGCGUGACCACUGUGAGACUUGUAUCGAGUGGACAAUUUCACAACGCCGUCACAGUGGCUGUGACAACACCCAACGUCGAAGCUACGCCGUCAUUAGUGUGCGAGCCGUAGAAGCAGUCGUGUAACAAUUUAAAAAAAAAAAACGAAAAAAAAUUAACUCAGAAAUCCCUCAACUCCGAUAACUUACAUAUUAUAACGAUCAACUAUUUGUUUUCAAUAUCCGAUAGAAAUUAUUAUGAAACACAUAAUAUAGGUGAUAAUUAGAGUUCAAAAUUCGAAAAUUAUAUACAUCAUUUUUUUUCCUUGUUCGUUUUGUAUACUUGAAAUUAAUACACAUAAACACAUAAAAUAGUUACAAAAAUAGUCGCAAUAAUAAAUAUAUACAUACAGUGGCGUGGCACUAAAUGUCUGAUAUCUAAUCCUAAAAAUUUACACGUCCUCGUCUUUUUUUAGCUUAAUAAUAGUGCGUAUUAUAGACGGUCAUCUUGGUCUUCCAUUACGACCGUUUUUGUUUUAGACAGAUGCCAUCCAAAUGUAUAUCCUUUUUUGCCACGCUACUAAUGAAAACAUACUUACAGAAAUUGAUAACAAUAAAUUGUAAUACUGUACUCACGCGAAUAUAGCUUAUAUUAUUGAUACUAGCUAAAAAUUGAUUGAUUGAUAAUGCCAUAAUAUAAGUUAAAUAAUUUCAUAUUAUGUAUAAUACAAUAUUAUSUAAUACUAUUAUUGAUAUCAACGUAAUCAUGUUUGAUGUGUACUUAAAAUAAAUAUAUCGUAAUAUAUGUAUACACUGAUGCGGGAACCAAGAAUUAUAUGUUAUCAUAUAAUACAGUUAUCUAUUCAGGGAUAGUCAAACUGCACUCCCUACCAAAAUGUUUAAAUUGCACUCGAAUUCAGAAAAUGGUAAUAUUUGAAUUGUACUUGACUCGAUCAUUCUAUUGAGUGUAGAGCAUAAUAUACAUAUUAUCUUGGUUGUAAUCGUAUGUCAAUCGAUGGCUCGAAAUAAACAUAUAAUAUAAGAGAGAGCCUAAUA